GUGAUUCUUCCUCUGCUGAAAAACGAUUUUUAUGAAGUGAUUCAAGCAACAAUUGAUGGCAAACUCUGCAGCUGCAUGCCAGCCUGGUCAGAGAACAGCACAGCUGUGUGUGUGGUCAUGGCCAGCCCAGGGUACCCAGGAGACUAUACCAAGGGCAUGGAGGUAACAGGGCUGCUGCAAGCCAAGGAGCUGGGGCUGCAGGUGUUCCAUGGUGGCACAACGCUGAAGGAUGGCAGAGUGGUGACAAGUGGUGGCAGAGUCCUCUCCGUCACCGCAGUUGAGGAGGACCUGGUGAAAGCCCUGGGAGAAGCCAACAGGGGUGUAGCAGCCAUCCACUUCAAGGGGGCCACCUUCAGGAAGGACAUUGGCCGCCGCGGCGUGAGGCUCCUCCAGCACUCUCUGGGUCUGAUGUACAAGGAGAGACGUGUGGAGGCUCUAACCAGGGAUGUUCUGCUUCAUCUGCCACCAACAUCUGUUGUAAGUGGUACCAGAGCAGGCUGUCGCUCUGAAGCAGGAGGCCUUGCUGGUUUCUUUGACUUGAAAGCCUCUGGCUAUGGUGAUCCCAUCCUGGUCUCCCAAACUAAAGGCCUUGGACCCAAACUGCAGGUUGCCCAGGUGUGUAAGAGACACGACACUGUGGGCCAGGACCUGGUGGCCCUGUGUGUCAAUGACCUCCUGGCCCAGGGGGCAGAGCCUCUCUUCUUCCUCGGCCGUUUAGCCUGUGGCAAACUGGAUGCUGAAGUGACUGAAGCCAUCCAGGAGGGACUAGCUGAAGCUUGCAGAGCUGCAGGAUGUGCUUUCCUGGGCAGGGAGGUGACAGAGGUCACUGGCUUGUUUUCUGCUGGAGAGUAUGACCUGUCUGGCUUCGUGGUGGGAGCAGUGGAGCGAGGGCAGAUGCUCCUGGGGCUGCAGAGAGCUGAGGAGGAAGAUGUGCUCAUUGGAUUGGCCUCUCCUGGGAUUCACGGCCGUGACUUUGGCACUGUGAGGAAGAUUCUCCUCAUGUCCUCCCUGCACUACUCCUCACCAGCACCUGGCAGCUGUGGGGACAAGACAUUAGGUGAUGCGUUGCUGACCCCAGCCAAAAUGUUCAGUCCCUCCCUGCUUCCUGUCCUGCGCUCGGGGCAUGUGAAGGCUUUUGCCAUCAUUGCUGAGGAAGGAUUGCUGGAAGGCAUCUCCAGAGUUCUGCCAGAACAUGUCAGUGCUGUCCUGGAUGCUCUCAGCUGGAAGAUCCCUGAAAUCUUCUGGUGGCUGUACAAGGAAGGGAACCUCUCUGCAGAGGAGAUGGCUCAGACCUUCCAUUGUGGCAUUGGGGCAGUGCUGGUGGUGCAGGAGGACCUGGCCCAGCACGUUCUCAAGGACAUUCAGAGGCAUGAGGAGGCUUGGCUGAUCGGGAAGGUGGUUGCUCCUUGUCGCACAGGAGGUUCUCACGUCCAAGUGGAGAACCUUGAGGAAGCUCUGCAGCUGAGCAGCCCCCAGCACCUGCUGAGUGACACCAACACUGAGAGCCAGCACCAGCCCAGGAGGAGGAAGGUCAACGUAGCUGUUCUGGUCUCUGGGACAGGCACGAACCUCUCUGCCCUCAUUGGUUACACCAAGGAACCAGGCAGCUGUGCUCAGGUUGUCCUUGUCAUCUCCAACAAGUCUGGAGUGGAGGAGCUACGAAAUGCAGCUCGGGCUGGAAUUCCCACCAGGGUGAUUGACCACAAGCUCUAUGGGAGUCGCUCGGAGUUUGACAGCACCAUCGACCGAGUCCUGCAGGAGUUCUCUGUGGAGCUCAUCUGUCUCUCAGGGUUUAUGAGGAUCUUGUCCAGCCCUUUCCUCCAGAAAUGGAAAGGGAAAAUCCUGAAUGCUUCUCCAUCCCUUUUGCCACUCAAGGCUGGCAGUGCCCAGCAGGAGCCUCUGCAACCUGGAUUGAAAGUCACAGGCUGCACCGUGCACUUUGUCCUGGAGGACUCCAGCCCCAGGGCCGUGAUCCACCAGGAGCCGAUGGCGCUGAGGGCCGAGGAGGGGCAGGAGGUGCUGUCGGAGCGGGUGAAGGAGGCCGAGGGCCGCGCGUUCCCCGUGGCCCUGUUUUCAUCCCCAGCUCUGAGCCCUCUCCCCCAGCUCACAGCUCCUCUUGGGGAACGUACUGGAAGCCACUUUGGCUUUACGGAUUUGGAAUUCCUCUGUCUGUUUUUCAUCUGUGGAGAUAACAUGAUAGCAAGAGAGCUCAGGCUGCAGAAUGGAGCUGGUGCUGCGGAGGGAAUUCCUCCUUCCUAG